AUGAAGGAGAUCAUGGACGAAGACAACUCGGUUCCUCAGGAACGAUGGGCAGACCAGUAUGGCCACACCAUCAUGUACAGGGGCUUCCUUGGCAUGGACCGUCUUUGGACUAUGGACACGCGAGCACUGAAUCACAUCAUGACGCAUUCGUUUGUAUAUCAGAAGCCCUCCCAAGCUCGCCGGAACCUUGCUAGAAUUCUUGGAAAGGGCGUCUUGUUCACCGAAGGCGACCAGCAUAGACAACAGAGGCGCGUCAUGAACCCCGCCUUCGGUCCAGCGCAGAUUCGUGCACUCACCGAAAUCUUUGUCGAGAAAUCCAUUGAGCUCCGUGAUGUCUGGAACGACGAGGUAUCUGAGAGCCAGGACGUAGCUCGGAUUAACGUCAUCAAGGAGAUCAGCAAGAUGACUUUGGACGUGAUUGGUCUUGCCGGUUUCAAUUACCGCUUUGAUGCUCUGAAGGCUGAAGUCCCGGAGAACGCGCUCGUAACUGCAUUCAAUCAGUUAUUUGACCCACAGCCCCGUAUCACUUUCAUGAUGAUCCUGCGAAACUUCUUCCCGAUCUUCAGCAUCAUCCCUGACAAGCAGACAAAGCGUUUCGAUCAUGCUCAGGACGUCAUGCGCCGCAUCGGCAUGGAACUUAUCGCGGAGAAGAAGGGUGAGAUCUUGCACAAGGCAGCAGAAGGCAAGGAGAAGCCUCAUGGUCGCGACUUGCUUACUCUACUCCUCAAGGCGAAUAUGGCGACCGAUCUCCCCGAGAACCAGCGGCUCUCUGACGAAGAUGUGCUCGCCCAGGUGCCUACCUUCCUCGUGGCCGGCCAUGAGACCACGUCGACGGCGACGACGUGGUGUCUCUACGCUCUGACGCAAGCCCCAGAAGUCCAGAGGAAACUUCGCGAGGAGCUCUACACGCUCGAUACGGACACCCCGACGAUGGAUCAGCUCAAUAACCUUCCAUACCUUGACAACGUCGUCCGCGAGACACUGCGCUUACACGCACCCGUGCCGGCGACGACACGUGAGGCGACCAUUGACGAUGUCAUACCCGUCGGAGAACCCUUCGUCGACCGGUAUGGACAAAUACAGGACACUGGCAGCAUCAAGAUAUCGAAGGGCACCCCGAUCUUUAUUCCCAUUCUGGCGAUCAAUCGCUCCAAGAAGCUCUGGGGCGAGGAUGCAUUCGAGUUCAAGCCCGAACGUUGGGACAACCUCCCGGAUGCGGUCUCAAGCAUUCCUGGCGUAUGGGGCCACCUCCUUACAUUCCUUGGUGGCCCCCGCGCGUGCAUCGGAUACCGUUUCUCACUGAUCGAGAUGAAGGCUUUGGUGUACACGCUCGUGCGCGCUUUCGAAUUUGAACUCGCAGUGCCUCCUGAGGACAUCCAAAAGAAGUCCACCAUCGUGCAGCGCCCAAUCCUGCGUAAUGCACCUAUUCAGGGCAGCCAAAUGCCGCUGCUACUCAAGCGGGUCAAGCGUGCUUAGGGCCCAAGGAACAGAAGGGAAAUGACUGGUUUGGGGUCAUCGAACGAUUUGACUUGUCUGAUUAAUGAUAUUAUUAUAAAAUGC